GAUCCUUUAAUUAUUGGAUUUAUAUUAGAGCUCAAACAUUGAUGAAAUCCCGUCUGGCUGGUGCCACCAAGGGGCAUGGCCUCCUUAAAAAAAAGGCCGAUGCUUUGCAAAUGCGUUUUCGUUUAAUUUUGGGAAAAAUUAUCGAGACCAAAACCCUAAUGGGGCAGGUCAUGAAGGAGGCUGCCUUUUCGCUCGCCGAGGUCAAGUUCACCACCGGCGACAUCAAUCAGAUUGUUCUGCAGAAUGUGACCAAAGCCCAAAUUAAAAUCCGCACCAAAAAGGAUAAUGUGGCCGGGGUUACGUUACCGAUUUUCGAACCAUAUACCGAUGGUGUGGAUACCUAUGAGCUGGCCGGCCUGGCCCGUGGUGGUCAACAGUUGGCCAAGUUGAAGAGAAACUACCAAAGUGCUGUGAGGCUUCUGGUCGAGCUGGCUUCGCUCCAGACCUCCUUCGUGACCCUCGACGAUGUGAUCAAGGUCACCAAUCGUAGGGUCAAUGCUAUAGAGCAUGUCAUCAUACCAAGGAUAAACCGGACUAUUGAGUACAUCAUCAGUGAGCUGGAUGAACUGGAACGUGAGGAGUUCUAUAGGCUAAAGAAGAUCCAGGAUAAGAAGCGAGAGGCACGAAAGCUGGCCGAUCGGAAACGUGAGGAACAGAGGCGUUUGGGCCAAGUCACGGAAACCCAGGAAGUUCAGAAUAUCCUUGACGAGGACGGUGAUGAGGAUCUGCUUUUUUAAAAUACCCACAAACCAACAUUACCCAACAUUGCUACCUCUGACCUCUGACCUUUGUAUUACACCUAUCCUACAUUACUCUUCCACCCACUGUCUUUGUUAUUUGUCGUUUCGGUUUCAAUUUGUGAUCCGGAUGUUGGAAAUAGAAUCCAUAACCUUUA